UGUUUUACCAGGUAACCACUAAGGGUAGUCGGAACGCUCCUGUUGACCUCGUUUACGUCUGACAUAUAAUGCAGAGUAUAUUAUGUCGGCAAACCCCCUGUCCUUAUUCAUCGGCCACCCGUGAUAGUCUGUCUGUGGCUGACACACUGGGCCUUACCGACGGACGGUACAGAUCAUUCCUGAUGGAAAGUAUCAAUACUAAGGCCGGCGUUAACUAUCAAAAGGAUGCACGGACACGUAUUAAAAGACAAUAGUAUGAUGGGCGAGAAGGGGGAUCUGUACCUGAUAGGGAUCCUAGCCACUCUAGCCUUUCUUUGUACUUUGAUCAUUGUAGGACUUUGUGUAGUAAUAUGCAUGCGGCUGGGCCUGGGUAAAAAAAGACGGCACAUUACAUGUCGGCAACAUAACAGAGCUUGUAAUAACGAUCAACGUCUUUGCAACGCUUGUAAUAGACACAAUUGUAUUGAGCAAAGCCAGCACCCAGGUAAUCCACCAUAUAAUGAAGGAUAUGUGCCGGAUGUACCCACCAAUGGUCCAGCUGAGGGCAUAUGUCACCAACGGUUUCACAACCGACCAGGUGACGAUAGUUCAGUGGACUUGGAUGUAAUCCCGGGUCACAGUACAGACUUCCGGUCGUCAUGGAUGAAGAUGCAGAAGGAAGUUGAUAGGAGUAUCACUACAAUGAUAGGGAAUAAAUUGGUAGUCUACAUUACCCGGCGCGUAGGGUACAAUGGUGCUUUUCUCGCUCUAGACAAUAUGGGUAUUUCAAUUGAAGUACCCCAAGGAGCUGUCAACAAAGGAGAAACAAAGAGCAUCACACUGCUUUUAAAUUGGGAUUUAGGGGAUAAUCCGUCCAUGCAGCCAAACCAGGCACUUGUUAGUCCCGUGGUGUUUGUGGGACCACAUGGAAUUAAACUAAACAAGCCGUGCGUGUUGUAUUACAUGCAUUGUUCUUUCGAUGAACGACACAUUCAAGUUAUGAAGAGUGAAACAGACCUUUUCGAGCAGAAAAAUUGGCAAGUGAUGUGUAAACCAAACGACAAAAAAAGCGCAUGCGUAUUGACUUCUAGCACGUGUAAACUUAAUAUAGACACUUUCACGUUAUACACGUGUCUUCAGUGCCCACCGGAUGGUCAACAAGGCAAGAAGUGGCUCCAAGUUGCUGUUUUCUCUGAAGGCCUCAAGCAGGAUAUAGAACACCAACAGAUCAGGGUGUAUUUCCUCAACAAAACUAACUGUGCUCUACAAUGGGCAAUCCACAACGAGGCUCAAUAUGGCGGCAAGCUGAUAUGUCCUGAGAAACUCUUCCUAAUGUCGGGUACAGACAAAGAUGUUUUCGUUAAUCUUACGUACGUAUCUCGGGGAUGGACAGUGGUUGACCAGACCAGACCUGAACGUACACGGAUACCGUAUCUCAGCAUCUGGCACGGACAAUGUCCGCACGUGUGCUUGGGAUUUCGGCGGGAAAAUCAAUCCAUGCUUGAAUUCAAUCUUAACUUAGAAGUAAGGCAGGACGACCGGGAAAAUGAAAGUGAACGGAUAAUUGCACAAAUUGUUCAACCGGAACCGGAAAGGAAUAGCAAUAAUCCCAUACCGGCUUCCAUCAUUACUCCAAUGAACAGAGCGAUUCCGCAAUGUCUCAGAACGAGGCUUCAAGUUCUACUUGAUGUCCCGUGUCCAUUGGCAAAAAACUGGAAGGGUCUUGCGGAGAAGUUAGGAUACGAUGCUAUGAUACCACUGAUUGAGACCAGGACAAUUGGCACUAGUCCCACAGAAGUACUGUUGCAGGCUAUGGAGCAGAAAGCUCAGACGCUCCGAGAUCUGCAGAGACUAUUAACAGAGAUGGGACGAGCAGACGCUGUCAAUGCCAUACUAGAAUAUCUUGAGCCUCCGGAUGAACCUGACACAAUGGUUCUCAAACCAUGCCGAGAGGCCGUGGAAAACGAAAACUAUGGAUAUGCUGCCAGCGAUCAACGUCAAAAUGAAUUUUAGGAUCAGCAAAAACAUUCGGAAUGCGUAAAUAACUUUUAAAUCGGAAACCUGAACAUGUGAAGUCGAAUACCUUAAACAGAAGGUUUAAACAGUCGUCCGGUUGUUGAAACCUGAGAAGACUGUUUAAACAUGAGAAAUAUAGAAGAAAUAACAGGAAAAUAACUUUUCGUGACCUGUAUUCAGUUGAAAAUUUGAGGGAUUCUCUGAAAAAAAUACACAGAGCAUUGAUGGAUAUAAGACACACAAGUUUCACGGAGGAAAAGCUUAUCCGACCGAUCCGUGUGUUACAUUCCGCAGUUUUGCUCAAACCACACAAUGGUGCUGUACUGAUGGACGUGUAACUGUUGCUGCAAUGAUCUACAUACAAUGGGUGGUGUUGCUUUCAUGACUUCAUGAAAACUUCAUAAAAAAAAUAUUUCCCAUUGUUUUCCCAAUUUUUAUUUAUACAUACAUGUGUAUAUCAGAACUUCAUUCUUCCAUGUCUCGUGUAAAAUAUCGUAUUUCAUUUUGACAGUAUGGUAUCAAACCUCAUUACUUUACAGGUAUGACUGCAAAAUGGGUAAAUAUGAACUGAAUACUACGACAAAAACGUUUUGUCGCGUUGAGCUGUUCGUGGAAUAUUCAUUUCAGUCGUUUCAAUUUAGCUGUGAUUUUAAAAAAAAAAAAUCGGUAAUGGUAUUUUGGAUAAUUUCAAAAUUGCUUCGAUACUAGUUUUACGAAUGUUCCUUAACUUAAGGAUAAUCAUUUGGAAAGAAUUGAUGGAGUUCAGGAAAUUUCCUCAGCUAAGUUCGGUAAAUGUUUCGCUAUAGGCAAUGUCUACAUUCAGGAAUUUCUUAAGUGAAAGACCGUUCCUAAGGGUGGGACCAGGAAAAUAACAUAAAGAUUUUGUAAUUUUAGAGAAGUUAAAUAUUUCUUCAGUUUUAAAUGACAGAAAUAUUAUUUUUUUAAGGAUCUCUGUCCCACUGCACUACGGUUUCUCCGAUAUACAGUUACCUCCCCUUAACUCCCGUUUGGAUAACUGUAGAACAGUUUGGUCGGGCCACUUCCAUUGACUAGGCAGCUAAAUCGGUUCGAUCGAUAGGGAAACAAUAUGAAGUUCAUGGUUCGAAUCCAGGUCUUGUCCCGAUGAGUUUCUACAUUCAGAACACUUAAGUUGAUAUAUAAUUUGUUUAUUUCAUAUCUAUCAUUUUCUCAUACAAGUUCCGCAAGAUAUAGUUUUCUUUUCAGAAAUGAUUUAUUAAAGCUAUAGACGUAGCCAGAAAACGAAGUUUUCAGUACGUAGUUAUCGUUUUGGUAGUGGAACCGGAACCCGUAAAUCAUCGCAGUAUUUAUUGAAUGGUACAUCAUGUAUGGUGUUGCUUACAGCUUAUUUCACGAUAGAUUGACACAAUCCUGCUAAUUUCCUCCUCGAUGUUUGGGGUUAGCGACACAAACUGUUUGGUUUUGGUGGUUAGGUUACACGUGCCGAGCCGAUGUUACCGUGUCUCGCGAUCUUUUUGGCGAUGUUGGAUAUCAGCCACUUUAAACUGUCCUCAACUUUCGCACCACCUUUGUUCCACCAGGUGAGUUCCUUUUCGUUGGAAUGUAGCGUCUCUCGUUCUAGAUAUCUACCUUUACUGUCCGUCAAGAUCACUGGUGUUCGUAAUCUGUUACCUUUCUGUAGGAUUCUUAGCCUUGCAAGACAUUUUCUGAUCUUGUUCUCGCUCAUAUCACGUACUGUCACUAAUGUAAACAAUCGCCGAAAUACUGUAGGUUAUUAGUGUUCACAAAAACAGGGUUUGAUCGAAACACAGGAAAUCGGGCACUAGUAAAGUAUGAAUAUUACGAGAUUCCUCUAAAGUGUAGUCUAGAGAAGCCGUUAAUAUAAAGUUUUGAUAGAAUAUUUCAAAUAAACGCUAGGAAAUAUGCUUUUGUUGGUGAUGGUUCUCACACUUCGAAAUUUCCGUCCUAAACCUUGCGCAUGCGCACUCUCUCCAUCAACUGUGUCUAUUUUGCUGUUUUAUAGAGAAUUGUUUGUAUAUAUUAUUAUUGAUUUAUGACAUACGUUUUGUUUUCAUAAUAAAACAAUAUGC